AUUAUAUUAGAAAGAUAAAAAGUGGAAUCAUACAACAAAAGAAAGAAUAUGUUUUAUCUUGGACUGGAGUGAAGCCAGCCAGCCCAAUAUAAAUCCAACCCAAAGCACCGGUCAAAGAAGCUAAAGCAAGUAGUCUGUAAAUUUGGAACCAGAUGAUUGCUAUAAAUAAAUAAUUAUCAAGAAAGAAAAUCGCCAGCCAAAGUGGAAUACUUUCUUCCUCAAGUCUUCGUUCGAUCCACCAAUCAAUCAAUCAAUCAAGUCCGUCGAUGGCCGUCGCCUCUCAUCGUCCCGACGACACCACCAAAAUUUGCACUCACUGUGACAGAGAUAUCCCCAUUUCAAAUAUUGAUCUGCACUAUGCUCACUGCUCACGUAAUUUAGAGAAGUGUAAAAUAUGUGGUGAUAUGGUACCCAUUAAACAUGCAGACGAACACUACACCAGCACCCAUGCUCCGGUAACUUGUUCACUGUGCAGUGAGGAGAUGACACCUGAAAUCCUAGGUGUGCAUAAAGGUGAAAAGUGCCCCAAAAGAAUUGUGACCUGUGAUUACUGUGAGUUUCCUUUACCCGCCAUCGACCUAUUUGAGCAUCAGGAAGUUUGUGGAAAUAGGACAGAGUUAUGUCAUCUUUGUAACAGAUAUAUCAGACUUAGAGAGAGAGCUGCCCAUGAAGUCGCAUGCAAUGGUGCUCCUCCUGAAAUACCCAGGGCAAUAAGGGAAGCUGAAAGAGAGCGUGCCGCCAGAAGGCCGCCCCCACCACCACCACAAGACUUCUCUACAAGGCGGCUUCUUUUCACCAUAGCCAUAACCGGCAUAGCCAUUCUUCUCGGAUCGCUUCUUUUUCAGAGAAAACCAGAAGACAUGACUCAGGUUAACUGAAGGUCAAUCCAGAGAUCUUCAUGAAUAUAAAAUAUGUGUAUGUAUUAUGUGAUUUCACUGGUUCUCUUCGGUAUAUAUAAAAGAUUCAAUGAAAGUACUCUCCAUACUUGCAAUCGUCUUCCAACUUUAAUGUC